AUGAUACCUUUCAUAGACUAUCCAUUCGUUUGGCUUCAGGAUACCAUAGGUGUGCCGAAAGAUGAACUCAAACUUAUAUUCACAAUUCUACUUUCCUACCCGCUCGCGGGCGUCUUAAAAAGGCUUCCGGACACAGAACCUGCGAAAAAAAACCUAUUCAUGAUAGGAGUGUCGUUAUUCUACCUAAUCGGUGUAUUCUCUCUUUGGUCCGGAAUCAGAACGCUUUUGAUCGCUUCUUCUGGCGCGUACUGUAUUGCAGCAUUCGUGCAGGGCCCGUAUAUGCCAUGGGUCUCUUUCGUAUUUCUGAUGGGCCAUAUGCUAGUGGGGCAUAUACACCGGGAGAUGUACCCCCAACCUGGGGUGGUGGAUGUUACGGGCGCGCAGAUGGUGCUAGUGAUGAAGUUGACGGCAUUUUGUUGGUCUGUGCAUGACGGACGGCUGCCAAAAGCAGAGCUUUCUGAAUUUCAACAGGAUCGCGCGCUACCGGAGAUGCCGAGUCUGCUUGACUACGCCGGAUAUGUGUUGUUCUUCCCUUCUCUAUUCGCGGGUCCAGCCUUCGACUUCGCCGAAUAUCGCAGAUGGAUCGACUGCAGCAUGUUUGACGUCAUAAUUCCAGAUACCAAAAGGGGCGGAACAAAGAGGAAAAGAAAGAUUCCCAGUAGUUCUAUUCCUGCGACAAUAAAGGCGGUGAAGGGACUCGCAUGGAUUUUCCUGUUCUUAAAGUUCUCGAGUUGGUAUACAACAGAGUUUGCUCUCAGCGAUCAAUUCCUGGAAUAUGGUAUUUUCAAAAGAAUAUGGUACAUCUACCUUCUUAGCUUCACUGCACGUCUAAAGUACUAUGGUGCUUGGUACCUCACCGAAGGUGCUUGUAUCCUCUCAGGUCUCGGAUACAAUGGUCUUGACGAGAAAAAACAGCCACGCUGGGAUAGAUUGACCAACGUUGGGCCGCUUGCGCUUGAGACCGCCCAAAACACCCGUGCGUAUCUGGAAAACUGGAACAUGAACACAAAUAAAUGGCUCAAGAACUAUGUCUACCUGAGAGUCACACCAAAGGGCAAGAAACCAGGUUUCAGGAGCUCUAUGGCCACUUUCGGGACUUCUGCUAUUUGGCAUGGAAUCUCGCCUGGGUACUACUUGACGUUCAUUACUGCGUCAUUUGUACAAACCGUUGCAAAAUACUUCCGCCGGCAUGUAAGACCAUUUUUCAUGACUGCUGAUCAAAAGUCAGAUGGUCCAUACAAGAAGAUCUACGAUGUGUUUGGUCUUCUAGUGACGCAAUUCUCAUUUGCGUACAUUGUUGCCCCUUUCAUCAUCCUUGACUUUAAGGAUUCGUUGAAAUUGUGGUCUAGAGCAUACUUCUUUGUUCACAUUGGCAUCUUCGUCUCUCUUGGGUUCUUUAACUCUCCCGGCAAGCAAUGGCUUCAACAGCGUCUAAAGAAUAAAGUUGGCCGAGCUGCAGCCCGCGAGCUCCACAAAUCUGCAUCUUCGGAGAACUUUCAAUCAGGCUCUCUGGGAGUCCCAGAUGAUCCGAUCAGGGAAAUUGAGGAUAUUCAGAUGGAGUUGCAGGCGAAGAAAGAAGAGAUUCUCAAGAGGAGAGCGACCGACAGGAUGAACAAGGCGAAGAAGCAGAAGUAG